CAAAAACCUAUUCAGUCUGUAUAGUUAAACACACUGAAUGCGAACUACCAACUCAUUUAAAGCCAGCAGUAUUUGCAAUGCUUAUAAACAUCGUUACCCACAGUGUCUCUUCUUUGCUAUGAACUCCGCACGCUGGAAAACAUCAGAAGCCACGUUGAGAACCUUUGAACCGGUAGUGACUCUCCCAGACCGGAAGAAAGGGAAAUCCAGUGUGGAUGGCAGCAGUCCUUCAGAGUGGCUGCUGGUGGAGUUGCAGGGAGAAAUGUUUUCCAGACACAACUCUGCUCUGACAGGAAAUGUGAUGGGAGACCUGCUUUACACUAAAGAGGGGGUGCCAGUGCUCAUUGUAGGACAUCAUAUUCUGUACGGGAAGCAGGUGAAACUGGAGAAACCCUUUGCUGUCCUCACCAAGCAAUCCAGCCAUUUGCAAGACAGCCAUGACAACGACAACGAUGAUGUCACACAGGAAACCAACCAGCAAGGACCAACCUCCACCUCUUACUAUGUGUCUGCCCUCAUCAAACGAAAGUUGAUCUUUAAGACGCGCCCCAAACCCAUCAUCACUAACGUUCCCAAGAAGGUGUAGCGGGACUACGUUUCCUCACUGGGUCAGAGGUCCUGUGUGUGAUUGUAACACACUGAUUCAUCUGACCUUCAGUUAGUGUCACCCAGCUCUAAUAUGAUGCCGUUUGAUUACACAUUUCUCGUACAAUUGAUCAAUACUGCCAACCUUACACCUAAACUGACGGAGACUUUAAUUAGGCUCAUUGCAAGUAGAAAUGAAUGUUGUAUUGUUUUCCUGAGCUUCGUAGGGAACAGUGACUAGAAUCAAAUUGUGGAUGGAAUACUGAAUAAUUUUCUGUAAAAAAA